AAGUAGAAGAAGAGCAAUCAUCAACCUGCUCCCGGUACCACCGAAGAAGAACAGAUCCAGGAAGUGCCGCUAGGACCAACCGGAGCUCUGCCUGUACCUGCUGUGACCUUUGACCCCGACCUUGUUCUCGUCUGCAGCUCUGCCUGUACCUGCUGUGACCUUUGACCCCGACCUUGUUCUCGUCUGCAGCUCUGCCUGUACCUGCUGUGACCUUUGACCCCGACCUUGUUCUCGUCUGCAGCUCUGCCUGUACCUGCUGUGACCUUUGACCCCGACCUUGUUCUCGUCUGCAGCUCUGCCUGUACCUGCUGUGACCUUUGACCCCGACCAUGGUGCUGAGGGAGGUUCCCGCCGAGAACAUCGCCCGUCCUCUGGGCAGGAACGAGGUCAUCGGCCUGCUCUUCCGUCUCACCAUAUUUGGCGCCGUCACCUACUUCACCAUCAAGUGGAUGGUGGACGCCAUCGACCCCACCAGGAAGCAGAAGGUGGAGGCUCAGAAACAGGCGGAGAAGUUGAUGCGUCAGAUUGGCGUUAAAAACGUGAAGCUGUCUGAAUACGAGAUGAGUAUCGCAGCUCAUCUGGUCGACCCGCUCAGCAUGCAGAUCACCUGGCAGGACAUUGCCGGUCUGGAUGAGGUGAUCACAGAGUUGAAGGAGACGGUGAUCUUACCUGUUCAGAAGAGACACCUGUUCCAGGGGUCCAGACUGCUGCAGCCGCCCAAAGGCGUGCUGCUGUACGGGCCUCCGGGCUGUGGUAAGACGCUGAUCGCCAAGGCGACGGCGAAGGAGGCGGGGUUUCGUUUCAUCAACCUGCAGCCGAGCACGCUGACGGACAAAUGGUACGGAGAGUCCCAGAAAUUGGCUGCUGCCGUCUUCUCAUUGGCUGUCAAACUGCAGCCGUCAAUCAUCUUCGUUGACGAGAUAGACUCGUUCCUGAGGAGUCGAUCCAGUUCUGACCACGAGGCCACGGCCAUGAUGAAAGCUCAGUUCAUGAGUCUGUGGGACGGACUGGAUACUGACCAUCACUGCCAGGUGAUCAUAAUGGGAGCCACUAAUCGUCCUCAAGAUCUGGACUCUGCUAUUCUGAGGAGAAUGCCAACCAGAUUCCACAUCAACCAGCCGAGUCUGAAGCAGAGGGAGCAGAUCCUCAAACUGAUCCUGGAGAACGAGAGCGUGGACCUGUCGGUCGAUCUCGUCGACGUCGCCAAGGAAACAGACGGUUUCUCAGGAAGUGACCUCAGAGAGAUGUGUCGCGACGCCGCGCUGCUCUGUGUGCGAGACUUCGUCCACACUCAGAACGACAGUCCAUCAGAGGACUUCAUCCGUCCGAUCCAUCAGAUGGACCUUCAAAAGGCGAUCAGUAAGAUGAAGAAAUCCAAGACGGCGGGCGGACACGGUGCCCUGCUGCAGGCCGCUCUGGACUGAACACACACACAUUGAUCACACGAUGACGUCAGCCCAGCCCGCAGCCGCGGGUUCGAUACCUGAGCCGUUCCGAGUGUACGUACUGACCUGCUGUCUCUCUCCAUCCUGUGCCACUGCUUCUUUUUGUUUUUAUUUGGAUCAGCUGAUCGUGCUGCUGACGUCCGUCUGACCGUGACCGCCAAAGGACACAAUUCACUGUUACACAGACCGCCAGUGACCUCUGACCUCUCUGGAGUCUGACCGCCUUAAAUCCCUCCACAUGAAGACUUUAAACACACGUCUGUUUUUAAACUCCACUGUACAGGAAGUUUAGUUGGGUUUCAAAGUAAAAGUCUGUAUAUUAGACACUGACAUUCUUCAGUAUUUUAUUUUCAGAGGUCAGAGGUCAAAUCAAUCAUAAUAAAACAUUAAUCACUACAAAUAAAUAUCAGAUUCUUUUUCCAAAUAACUAAUCAGCAGUUUAAAUAAAAAGUGACACAGUACUUAUGGGCCUCAGCAGCUGUUGCUAUGGCGAUCCCUCCAUCCAGAGCUGCUCAAAAAGUUGAUUGAUUUAAAUUUCUGGAUUUUUUUGUCUUUAACUGAACUUUUAUUGUGAAAAUCCUCCCUCAGACUGCUGUGAAGAAGCCCAGUGAAUCAGCUGACUGCUGAAAUAUAAAUAUGGUGUACAACUCAGUGAUUUCCUGAUCAUUUUAUUGGAAGUUUUCUGCCUUUUAAAUCAAUAAAUUCUUCUUUUCCUGUAAUGAAACUGAUUCAAUGUUGUCAAAUAUAAAUAUAAUAAUAUUAUUGGUAAAUAAUUAACAUGGGUCGUAAAAGCUUUAUCCAUUUUAAUUCUUUCAUUAACAAUAUUCUAUAUUUAUUUUUGUUAAAGUUUCUACUACAUUUUGUCAGUUUGGGAACUGAUUUACUUUGAAAUUAUUAGGAAACGACAGUCCUGAAAAGUUAAUUAACGUUGGUAAUUUACUAAUAAUUUCCUAGAAAGAAUUCUUUCAUUAAAGUCUGAUUAUUAGUUAAUUACAGUUUAUUGAACUUUAUUUAUUAUAUGUUUUGUUAUUAUUAUUUAUACUGGAUUUAUAGACAGAUUUGACAUUUUCUAGCUGUCCAAUAAUUCCUCAAAUUAAAACCAGACCAAUAAUUAAUCCACAGAAAUUAAUGUAAAAUUAAACGGAAACAACUGAUUUGUUCUUUUUAUGUUUACACUGUAAAACUGUAAAAUAAAAGUUUCACUAUGUUCAUCUGAAGCAGAAAGAAACUGUUGCACAGUGACUUUUCAUCAAGUGUUCUUUAUUAUUAUUAUUAUUAUUUAGUUUUUAUUCUGUGAUGGACAGUAAAGCUUCCAAUAAGGAUUAUUUCCUCCAUUAAUUGUUUGGUUUAUAAAAUGUCAAACAGUUAAAACUCAAAGACAAAAACUGCAAAUAUUCAAUAAUCAGAAACAGUUUUUGUUUUUUCAUAAAUCUGCCAAAUAGUUUAUAAUUUUCUGAUCUGAAUACGGGAUAUUUUAUCUUUUUUUACAGUGACGUUAUUGGCUGUUGAGUAAUGAUGUAAUAACUGCUGGAUGAUGUAAUAAACGUGUCAAACUGAUUCUCA